AAGAAGCAUUCAGUUUGAAUUGUCAAAUUGUUACAGAAACAUAAAAAUGAAUACCAAGUCCAAAUCUUGCUUGAUCGAUGAAAUGCUAACUGAAUUGGCAAUUAGUCGGCAAUCUAUGUCUCAUCAGUCGAAUGUAAUUUCAGACGUCAUUGAUAAGUCAAAUAAUAUAAUGCUUCAAAUUGAAUCUACGCGCGGUAGCACAAAUAGUGCCAACACUAAUCCAGAUAACUCCAUAAAUAAAACAUUUUCUUGUAAAAAGGAAAUAGUACAGAUUUUGGCUAAAAUAAUUGAAAAUUCACCACAAAUGUUUAGCGCCAACAUGCAAACUCUCGCAGCCAGCUUGAAUCAAAACGGUGACCAGUUUGAACAGUAUCUAGAACAGAGUCAUCAACGUGCUGAGUAUUUAAGUAGCUGUGUAAGAAAAUUGCUAGCUGUGGGCGAUACACUAACCCAAAUAAAAACUGUUCUACAUGAGGAAGUUGAUGACAUUAAUAAUUCUGAAGUAAAUGAAGCAUCGAGUGAAUAAUUUUUGUCAUUAAGAAAGUCACUUAUCAAUAAUUUCUAUAUAUUUUAUAUUUUAAAACGUUUUACAUACUGGAAACUGUGUUUA